CAGAUUUGAAACUGUUUGAACCGAAAACCAAUUUAUUGAAAACAAUUGUCCACUUUUAUAUUUCUUAUUUGAAGUAUUCAAAGAGAAUUUCGAAAUUACGCAAAUCAAAUAUCUUUACACACAUCUAAAGUCCAUUAUGCUAAGGGGACUCACUUGCACGUAUAUCGCACAUAUAUUCAGUUAUUCAUAAAACAUGUUUAUAUUUGCCAUCAUUCGCAAGCACCACUUAAUAAUAUACUGACAACAAACAAAAUCACGGUGAUCUCCAAUCAGAAAUUUCGUUGUUACCAGCAUGUGAAUAUAAGUGGAUGCACAUUAAGACAGAAAGACAUCGACCACGUUUUCGCGUCUCCUUCUGACAUUCAUUCCAAUGAACCUGAUCAUAUUUCUCAUCUGUCUGUGUCAUGUGAAUUCUGAGAUUAUCAAGAUUCCAUUGCAUCCGGUGACUGGAAUCAGCUCACUGCUAAAUCCAUAUCGGAAACUGUUCAGGGUAUUACAACAAAGUUGGGUGAAUUUAUUGAAUGGCGGAGAUACACCAACAUCAGAACCGCUGUAUAACUAUGGCAGUAUUCAGUACUAUGGGGAAGUGCUUGUGGGAACACCACCACAAGAGUUUCGUGUACUCUUCGAUACAGGAUCAACCGACACCUGGCUACCGUCAAGAAAAUGUUGGUUUCUUGACAUUCCAUGUUGGUUCAUUCGAUUCUACGACAGUUCGAAAUCAUCCACCUACAAGCCAAAUGGUACGAAGUUUGAUAUAAAUUACCUGAUUGGCAGUUACUCUGGAUAUUGGAGCAUGGAUACAAUGCAGAUAAACUCCUUAGUUAUUCGCAAUCAGGCGUUUGCUGAAGUGACAAAUGUGUUUUCCGAGGAUUUCUUUGGUAGUAAGUACGAUGGAGUCAUUGGUAUGUCAAGGAGAAAUGUGUCAAGAUAUGGGAACACUCCAUUCUUCCCGAAUAUACUCUCUCAGUCAAGGGAUAUCGAUCCAGUAUUUUCGUUCUAUUUGAAUUGGAAGAAUGGUCAUGUCGGUGGAGAGAUGGUGAUUGGUGGUGUCAAUCCUGAAUAUUUUAUUGGAGAUUUCGAAAGCUUGUCUGUCGUUUCUGGUAGCCAUUGGUCUGUUAUAAUCAAAAGCAUGAAGAUAGGUGGAGCAGAAUUUUGCCUUAGAAAAUGCACUGGUGUUAUAGAUACUGGAACGUCUUUGAUAAUGGGACAUAGCAGAGUGGUGGAUGCGAUUAAUAAUCAUCUUGGUGCCAGAUGGGUUGGCGGUGGUGAAUACUCACUCGACUGUAAUAACAUUCAUCUGCUCCCUACAGUUGAGUUUAUUUUCAGGAGGAGGACCUAUGUACUUAGCCCGAAGGAUUACGUGCUUAAGAAAUAACAGUCAACUGUAAUCAGAAUAUUCGAGUUAACUCCUUCGGAAGGCAUGCUGUUUGUGUUCUGACCGAUCGGAGUUGGCUGUGGAGUAGGUGACGUCGACAUUCACUAAGGCUGCUCUUAAUUGUCAUUCAAAAGGAUUAUGCGCUUGAAACUGAAGAAAAUUUGUUUCAUUUUUCGAUUCCAGGAGGACAACUGGCUGUAUACAGACUGUACAUCACCUUUCGCCAGCAAUGAUCAAUUAUCCCCUGGAUACUGGGUUCUCGGCGAUGUAUUCAUGAGCAAGUUUUACACUGUAUUCGAUUUCGGUGAGUCACAGAUAAGAUUGGCUGAUGUUAACGAAGACUAAACCUCGUUAUCCUGGACCCAGUGAAUCACUGAAAAUAAACAAAUUUCACAAAGUAAUCUGCUGCCUUCUUAUUUGAACAAGGGAUUUUCAUGUCAAGGUGUUCCACAAACUCGACAAAUGUAGUGAGCACACUUCUGAGUUUAGAGCACCCUACAUGGGUUUGGAAUGACUAAGCAGAAACGAGUGAGAAAUAACACUCAGGCAUCUUCAUUAUUCAUUUGAGCACAAACAAAUCCAG